CGUAUGUUUUUCCACACAUACGCUCCAAAAAUUGUUCUACAUAUAGAUUUCAUUUGAGUCGAAUAAUAUUUACAUAUUUUACACAUAAUUUUGAUGUGUAAAGAAUAUAUGGUGUGACUUUUUUAAAUUAAGCGUGUAAAAUUGUCAACAAAUCAUCGAAUUUUUCUGUCGAUGAUUUCAAGUUUUCAAAAUGGCGCAAAUUAAGUCAAUUUUGAGCAGCCGCCGCAAUGGAGUCGGAAAGAAAAAAAAGGAAUGCCACCGAACAAGGACGGUUCUCGACCCCUCUACUUGCGAAGUUGGAUCGCGGCCAAGUACAACAGCUGGGCAGAUCGAACAAACAUCUGCUGGUCCAGAUCUCGCCGAAGGAUGCCGGAAUUGAACGGUUCCUAUGCAGAUUAUCGGGAGCUGACUCUCAAUGAGCUGCAUCGUCGACCUGAUGUGGUGAUGAUCAACAACCGCAUCGCCUACAAACACAAGGAAGUUGCGUUGUGGAAAUUCGAGCAUCCGGAGGAACCAGAACGGGAGCUCAAGGCUCGGAGUAAUCAGUGUUAUCCAAAAAAAAUGUGUGAAAAUAGUAACAAACUAGAAUAAAAUUGGCUUUGAACGUACUUGAAA